CUACUGUAAAGUAACGCGGGAAAUGCUCUUGCGUUGGUUCAGUGCUGAGGGGCAGCCGCUAAUACGCAUCCUUACUGAUAUCAUCAUUAUCAGAGACAAUAAAUGACCUGACACCACAAUCCAACGUUUACGCUCUGAUCUAAAAAACCCCAAAACAAAGUACCGUUGACAGCUGCUCGCAGGCUGUAUCCGGUCCGUUAGAACCGGGAGGUGAGACAGUUCAUUAUAUGCUGCAAAUCAACGUUUGUCUCUGUAGCCACUGAGCACUCGUUAGCUCACACACAAAGAGGGGAGUCCUGCUAACGAGCUAAACAACCGCCAGACAUCCUGUUACUGGUGAUUUGAAGGAAGAAGAAAAACAAUGGACACGUUUCAGAAGGUGGAAAAGAUCGGAGAAGGGACGUAUGGAGUGGUUUACAAAGCGAAGAACAAAGUCACCGGAGAAACUGUUGCUCUCAAGAAGAUCCGUCUAGACACGGAAACAGAGGGUGUUCCCAGCACUGCCAUCCGAGAGAUUUCCCUUCUCAAAGAACUCAGUCACCCAAAUAUCGUCAAACUGCGUGAUGUCAUCCACACCGAGAACAAGCUCUACCUUGUUUUUGAGUUCCUUCAUCAGGAUCUGAAGAAGUUCAUGGACUCCUUCACAGUUGCUGGUAUCCCGCUGCCUCUGGUUAAGAGUUACCUUUUCCAGCUGCUGCAAGGCCUGGCCUUCUGCCACUCUCACAGGGUUCUUCAUCGAGACCUGAAGCCCCAGAACCUCCUCAUCAAUGCCCAGGGGGAGAUCAAGCUUGCUGACUUUGGCCUAGCGAGAGCCUUCGGGGUGCCUGUCCGCACAUACACACAUGAGGUGGUAACACUUUGGUACAGAGCACCUGAAAUCCUCCUGGGCUGUAAAUACUACUCCACAGCUGUCGACAUCUGGAGUCUUGGGUGCAUCUUUGCUGAAAUGCUCACCAAGAGGGCCUUAUUCCCCGGCGACUCGGAGAUUGACCAGUUAUUCCGAAUCUUCCGAACGUUGGGGACGCCCGACGAGACCACCUGGCCGGGAGUCACAUCAAUGUCCGACUACAAACCAUCUUUCCCCAAGUGGGCCCGGCAGGAUUUAUCCAAAGUGGUGCCGAUUCUUGAUGAGGAUGGAAGAGAACUGCUCGGAGAAAUGCUGAAUUAUGACCCAAACAAAAGGUUGUCUGCCAAGAACGCCCUCGUACAUCGAUACUUCCGCGACGUCACCAUGCCAAUCCCUCAUCUGAGACUCUGAGUCAUCAGUCCAUUUUAAUGCAAGCAAUAAGGACCUCCUCGCCACGCCUCAUAACCACGACUGGAAUGGACAGAAUAAGUGGACACUACAGGAUACGUUUGAUCCUUCAAUGGAUAUUUGUUAAUACCUAAAACCAGCUUUGUAGCCGAUAGACGUCCUGAGAGUUUGGCUGUUUUUUUUCAGCAGCGAUGUUAUAAUAGUUCUGAACGUUUAAACUGUAAUUUUCAACCUAAUUAUUUUGCAUAUAUUUCUGUGCAACUGCCAUUUUUGAUGUAAAUGUCAAUUAGUGAUUGGGAGUUGAGAGCGCAGGUCAGGUCGACUCAAUCUAGUAGUCUGCCGUUAUAUUUCUCAUGUUUAAAUGACACGUUGGCUUUAAGGUGUCCAAAUUUAAGUAGUCAAGUAGUUAGAAUUAAACAUGAUAGACUAAGUUUGUGGGAUAGUGCAAAUAACAAAUGUCAUGCUUUGUGAGACUGGGCAGCGGCUGAAUGAAAGACGUGAGUGACGGUCGUCACACAGCAGUUUGUGCUCAAAGAACCACGAGACCACAAUCGUGUUCGUUGAGGUUGAUUUUCUAGCAGUUUAAUUCUUUACCUUUUGUGUCUAAAUUAUCUUGAAGUGACUUCAUAACGGCACCUUUGGUUGUUUGACACACAGAAAUGUUUAUCGGUCGUUGAGGUUUGCUGGCAGGAUUUGUUUUUUACCAAACAGAACUUCUUUGUACAGUUGUGAUAUACAAACGUUCCCUGUUGAAAUUCAGAUUUUACAGAAUUCAAUAUGCUGUUGCAUCUUUCUGACUCUAGAUUUUAUUCAAAUGUAAUGAACCUUUUUUAUGGAUAUUGUUUAUUUACAGUUUGCAAAAAUAAACUUGUCUAAACAACUGUUGCUGUUUAUUUGUGUGUGUGAGGAUGAUUUUGGUGUUAAGUGAGUGAUGGUUUCUUCUGUUCUGGAGCCAAGGGAAACAUUUCCAAGUAGUUUUUUUUUAGACUCAAACACCAGAGUCAAAGGCCGUCUCACAUUGUUAAAUCAAGU